AAUGAAUGCGCAUGCGAACCAGGAUCGAUAGUCUUUGUGAACGCCAUUAAUGAAUAUUGGCCGCCAUUUUUGGCAUUGCUGAACACGCAACUAGAUAGUUCUCCUGAAACAUGGCUGAAUAUCGGUUCUCUGUUAUAGUUAAAUUUUGCGUAAGGAAACGUUAAUAUAACAUUUGGAAUAAAUACUAUUGUGUUAAAAUAUUAUUAAAAUGACGUCGAUACAUUUUGUUGUACAUCCAUUACCAGGCACUGAUGAUCAACUUAACGAUAGAUUAAAAGAAGUAGCUGAGAAGAUUAAUAGAUAUGGAUUUGUUACACCACCGGCAUUUAGUGGACUCAAAGCGUCCGUUAGACGUAUUGUCGUUGGGCCAUCUCAUAUUGCAUUACUCAUGGAUGAUAACAGAAUUUGUCGUGUGGCUUUUACUGUUCUUUCAGAUCGAUUGGAUCUUAGCAAAAAUGAACCGAAUCGAACUCCUAGUAAAAAUCAUGUUGGGAAUUCAAACUCAGUACCGAGUGGUAGUGGAACUGGUGGAGGUGGUAAUCGUGCGAAUUUGAGAUCAAGAGCAAGAAUAAUGCGAAGCAGUUCAGCAAUACGUGGCGGGGGUGGAGGUGCUGGUGGUGGCGGAAGUGGUACCGGUGGUGGCAGUAGUAGAAUAGGACCACCGGGUGUAAUAAUGGGCGGAGGUGGUAGCAGUAGUUCACGACCAAUAGUAUCAGUACCAGCACCCUUUGUACCCGAAGAUCUUAUUUCACAAGCCCAAGUUGUACUACAGGGCAAGAGUCGUAAUUUAAUAAUACGAGAAUUACAACGUACUAAUUUGGACGUUAAUUUAGCUGUUAAUAAUUUACUAUCACGUGAUGAUGAGGAAGGCGAUGACGCUGAUGAUGCAGCCGACAGUUAUGUACCGGAAGAUCUUAUUUCACUGUUGGACGGUGGAUUCAGUAAUGAGCAAUCAGUUAUUAUUGAUGCUGACUCAAUGUUUUCAGAGGAUAUGUUUGGUUACGGUGUUAUGCGUAAUCGUGGUAGCUCUUCACGACGAUUGGGUAUAGACCGCGAGGGAGAAAGAUCAACGGAACGUGAUCGUGAUCGUGACAGUUUCAGUCGUUGGCGUGAUCGUCAGUACUACGGGCCAAGACGAUGGUUAGAAACAGCAUUGAAAGAUUGUUGGGAAAAAGAUCCAGAGAGUAAGAAAAAAGAAUUGGCCUCACAGAGUCCACUGUGGAUAUCUGAAGAUUUAGAAUGGUGGCACGAAAGAAGUGGUGAACCAGCGCCACGUUUUGUACAAAUAGUUUCACUUUACAGUGAACUUAUUGCUGUUUCUGCAACAGGACAACUAUACCAAUGGAGAUGGGCUGAUUCUGAGCCAUACAGAAACGCUGAAAAUCCAAAUAUACAUCAUCCUAAAACAAUUUCACUUGCAUUAGUAGGUGAAAAAGUUGUUAAUAUUUCAGCAACGGCAAUACGUUGUUCAGUAAGUACUGAAAGUGGUAAAGUUGCAACUUGGCUUGAUGAACUUCUUGGUCAUGUUGCAUCACGAUUAGAACAUCCAGCUCAAGCAUUCACUGAAUUUACUCUUGAUAAAAUAGUAUCACUUCACACUUGUGCACUUUAUACUGUCGCUAAACUCGAGAGCGGUACACUUUAUUGGUGGGGUGUAUUACCAUUUGCGCAACGUAAAAAAUUAUGGGAAAAAUAUAAAGCUAAAUCACGUAAAAAUCGACCAAUGACUGUCGUAACAGCUGACAUAAGUUAUGGAACUCACGUUUGUAUGAAAAACAGUCCAAUUUAUCAAGCCGGAGCUAUCGGAUUUACAAUAGCAAAUGGAGUACCUAAAGUUGGACAAUUAUUAUCAGCAGCAUGGAAUUUAGAUGCAACAUGUCGGUUUAAAAUUCUACCAGCUGGUGCUUUGUUGCCUAAUAAUGUUAUUAAGACAGAAACAAACAGUAAUGGCAGUGGUACUAGCACUAGUAAAAAUAGUUACAAAGAAACAGCUGAUAGACUUGAUAUGCCGCCACCACCAUCACCAGCAUCAAGUACCUGUAGUGAUACUGGUAGUAUAACAACAAGUCAUAAACGUCAAAAACGUAUGACACCACGCAGUGAAGGUGAGUCUGAAAGAAAAGAUGAAGAGGAUUGGCAACUCAAGGACGUCGUGUUUGUCGAGGAUGUCAAAACAGUACCCAUUGGUAAAGUUAUCAAGGUCGAUGGUUUAUAUGUUGCUGUUAAAUUUUUUUCAAAAGAUUCAAAAGAAAAAGAAAAAGAAAUAAAAGAAAAAGAUUUUAUUACAUCUGAUUUUAAAGAUUUGACUGCUGAUGAAAUGAUGAAACUCAUUGCUGAGUGUAGAUUAUUGAGAAAAGAUGAAGUUCAAGUUGUUAAAUCAUCUGUUAAUUCACGUACACCAGAUUGUUUUCAACGUACACCAAGACGAGUUAAUAUUGCCGAGGGUGUAAGUGAAAGUAUACUGACAGUAUCAACAGACGGACAAGGUAUUCAUGCUAUUGUUAAAAAUGCUAAUAAAUUAAGUUAUGUUGUUUAUAAUCUCAGUACUGGAAGAUAUGUUCAAGAUUGUUAUUUACCAUCUGAAAUAAAUUCAUUUCUUGGAUUAGAACCACAAAAUAUAAGUCUUACAAGUGCCGGUGAAAAUACUGAGUGUUCAAUGAUAUUACGUGAUGGCAAUAAUACUAUUUAUCCAAUAGCUAAAGAUUGUGCCGAGUCAAUACGUGAUUCAAAUUGGCUUGAUUUAGUACCAGUUGUGUGUAUUGGCGCAUCAACAAUACCAAUACCCAGUUGUUCAAAUUCAACAAAUUUAAAAAAUCAAGUUGCUGUCAUUGCUCUGGUAUUUGAUAAUCUAAUUGUAAUGCCACGUAUAUUACGUUGUGAUUACGAAGGCGUCAAACAAGUAUUGAUAAAUAUUGAACAUGAUGCUGCUAAAAGUAAUAAUAUACAACAAAUACAAUCUAUUUUACAAGAACGUUGUGACGGUAAUCGUAACAUAUUUCAUGCUUGCGUAAAUAUGUGCUCACCAACAUCAAAUAAAGACAAUGAACAAAAUGUUGAACGUGAAUUAGUAACUUGUGCUGUUGACGGCAAUACAACACCAAUUGAAGAACCGAUACCACCACUCAGUUGGCCACCUGAGCUUGACAAUACAUCUGGUGAAGAAGACAGUUUACUGAGUAUUGGUGCUGCAAGUAUAUCAAUGAUGAACAAAUCAGUCGCAGGAUCCACUACCAGUAACACAUAUAUUACAGAUUCAGCAGAACGUAGAAACAAUGCACUUUUAAUAUUAAAAUAUAUGUGUGAAGCUGCUGUACUUUCUCCUCAUCUUAAAGAAUUACUUACAGCUAAAGAUGCUCAAGGACAGACUCCAUUAAUGCUGGCAGUAUCAGUGCGUGCUUAUCAUGCAGCACUCAUACUUUUGGAUACAAUACAACGUGUCGGAAAAGAUGCUAAAGAAUGUUCAACAAUGAUUUUACCAUCAGAUGCAAGCCCAGAUUUAUCACCACUUUUCGUAACAUGCUGCAAUGAUACGUGUAGUUUUACUUGGACUGGUGACGAUCAUAUUAAUCAGGAUAUAUUUGAGUGCCGUACUUGUGGUUUAACGGGUUCAUUGUGCUGUUGCACUGAAUGUGCACGUGUAUGUCAUCGUGGUCAUGAUUGUAAAUUAAAACGUACAUCACCAACAGCUUACUGUGAUUGUUGGCAAAAGUGCAAGUGUCGUGCUUUAAUUGCUGGACAUCAAGGCGCUCGUUAUGAUUUACUUUGUCGACUUGUUACAAAUACUGAUUUAGCAACUAAAAUAAAUUCACGUGGUGAAUGUAUACUUUUAUUUUUAGUUCAAACUGUUGGACGUCAAUCUAUUGAACAGAGACAAUUUCGUUUAGUACCACGACAACGUUCAACAUCAGCAACUCGUAAAACACCAUCAUCAGACGGGCAUGGAGCUGAUGCUAAUAUGCCAGAUCAUGAUUUAGAACCACCACGUUUUUGUAGACGUGCUUUUGAACGUUUAUUGAAUGAUUGGCCAGCAGUACAAUGUAUGAUUAUGACUGGAGUUACUGAAAAUUCAAAUGAUCAAUUAUUUGGUGAUAUUGGACAAUCAGUACGUCAAAAUGGUACUGCAUUACUAGAUAAAUUUACUCAUACAUUAUUGGUAAAGUGCACUGCUGAAAUGUUGGAUAUAUUAUUGACAACUCUUAUAAGAGAAUUGCAAAAUGAUACAAUACCAGGACGUCAAGAAGAAGCAAAUAUUGUAGCACGUCGUUUUGUAAGAUCAGUUGCUAGAAUAUUUGUUAUAUUUACAAUUGAAAUGGCACCGAAUCCAACUAAAAAUCGACGAAGUGUUACUCAAGCUACACCACCAUUAAUUAAAUGUCGACGAGUAUUUCGUGCGCUCAUUAAACUCGCUGUUGAAGAAUUAUGCGAAACAGCUGAUUCUUUAAUAGCGCCGGUAAGACUGGGCGUUGCCAGACCCACAGCACCAUUCACACUAACUGGCUCAGCAAUGGAAGUUGUCAAUGGCUCGGAAGAAUUAUUUUCCAUAGAUCCGUUGAUUCCACACAGUGGAGUUAGUGCGCAAGUAUUGGAUCCAACACUUGAACAACCAUCGGGUAAUAAUAAUAUUACUAUAUCUCGAGAUGCUGUGGCGAUGGAUGAAACUGAAGCAGGUGAAGAAGUUCCAAUGGACUUAGACGGUGACAUAAGUGAACACGAAGACAACGGAUUACCAGGAAUACCAGGAGUACCACCGAGUCAACCAAUGAGUGAAGGUGACAGUCAUGCUGGUGGUGUUGGUGAAGAACAAGCUGGUGAUGGUGAAUCUGAUACUGAGCUUGAUUUGCUUGCCGAAGCUGAGACAGAAUCUGAUUCAGAUGACAAUCAUAGCAAUCAAGAUGCCGCUUCGGCCCAGAGAAGUGUACAAACUGGCGCAACUGCUGGAUCUGACGGUGGUAUAGGUUCGAUUGUUUUAUUUCCUGAGGAUGAAUCCGGUGAGUCAAGUCAACAAGAGGACGAUGAAAGUGAAGCCGGUGAAACUGAUGAACAAGAGUCUGAGGAGUUUCCAAUUGGCGAAGAACAUUUAGAACGUCGUAGUGGCUCUUCGGGACAUUUACCUCGUAAUAAUUUAGCUCCAAUGUCAAUGCAAUGGGCAAUAAGAAAUAAUCGUGAAUUAAAUACUAGAACUGCUGGAUCAAGAGUUACUGGUGGUAGUAAUAUGAUAUUUAUUGAUCCAUCUUCAUUGAGACGAUCAACAGCAACUUCAGCAGUUGCUGCUGCUCAAGAACCGAUUACGAUGGGAACAACUGCUAGUUGUUUAGCUCGUGCAUUUGGUAUUGUCAUAAGAAUGAUUGCUGACUUAUUGACAAUGGUACCUAAUUAUAAAAAUAAUGCACCAGCUUUAUCACGAUUAAUGGAAGUUACCUAUCAAGAUGCUGUUCAUCUACAGAUGUAUCUAGAGGGACAUUUAAAACCUACAUGGGACUGGCUCCUUGUAGUUAUGGACGCAACAGAAGCACAAUUAAGAUUCGGUGUGUCAUUAACACGAAGUGCUGAUCCAACACAUCCUGAACAUCCUCUCAACAAUGCGCCCUCAUUGUCAGGCGGCAAUUUUACUGGUCUAUUAAAUUCUGCGGCAAUGUCAUUAACGUUACAGGGUAACACAGGCCGUAAUCAACGCACUGGUAUGACUGCUAGCUCAAAUAUUUCCACGACUCAAGGUUCAACACGACUCACCGUUGGCUUUACAGGAGUCGGUGAAGCUCCGAGAAAUGCUCGAGAACGUGAAGGUGGAGAUGCACACUGGGCAAGGCGGGAAUUUUUAUCAUACUGUUUAUCAUUGAUGCGAGCACACAACGGUGAACAUAGAGAUAGUCUACCCGUAUUAGAUGUAUCAGCAUUACGGCACGUUGCUUAUGUCUUUGAUGCUCUGGCUUAUUACAUGAGAUCACUAAAUGAACCUCUUGGUACACGUGGUGAUAAUCAAAAAGAAUCAAGUAUCUAUUCAGCUUGGAAUGAUCAGGAUGAAAAUGAUAAUGAUGAAGGAGAUGAAGAUAUUUUACCAGCAGCACCGGCAAUGGAAACAGAUUCAGUAGAUUAUCCAGAUUUAUUACAAGUACCAGUGUGUGGUGCUGUAAAUGCAGUAGGAAAAGGCCGAAAGCAUCCAUUUUUACAACGUUCAGACUCAACACUGUGUCUCGGUUGUCCAGCGUUGGAUCCAUUUGACACAAAUAUAAGUGAGGCAUUGCCACUAGCUGACCAACCGCAUUUAUUACAACCGCACUCACGUCGUGAAGAUUUAUUUGGCGUACCACGGCAACCAGUUGCUGGAACAUCUACCGGAGUUAACAAUAAUUUAUUUGAAGGAUUACCAACAAGGCUGGGUCUUUCUGCGCGCAACAUUGACAGCGCAACAACUUCCUCAGCGACUCCAUCAUUUAGUCAAGUUAUCCAAGGACCCAGUGGUAACAACAACAACAGCAACAACAUCACCAUUACCACUAUCACCACCACUGUAACUGCAACUACAACCACCACUACAACUGGCACUACUAUCAACAGCAUAAUUAAUAAUAUUAAUAAUAGUAACAGUAAUAGUAAUAGUAGUACUAGUAGUUGUAAUAGCAGUAAUUCUUCAUCAGGACUAACAAUGGAAACUAAACGUAGUAAUAAUUUAUUGUCAACGAGCGAACCAGGAUGCAGUAAACAAUUGGAAAAACAAAAAUUAUUUAGUCAAACAAUAAGUACUUCAGCAACAGGAACAGCAACAGCAACUGUCAGUAAUGACAAUAAUUCAAUGCCUAUUAUAACAAAUGAACAAAUAGAUCGUGCGCCAAUAAUAGUAUCACCUAAUAGUCAAAAUGAUAAUAAUACAACAAAUAGUAAAGGAAAAGAAAUAUGUAAGACUGGUAGAAGUGUUAUAGUUAGAGCUGGUACAGUUAAUGAUUCAAAUGUUAAUAAUAAAAUAAAUGCAUCUGAUGUAUUGGUUAUACCAACAGUUGAAUCGCAAAAUGGUGCUGAAGAAGUCGAUCCAGCGGCAACUAGUCAAGAAAUAUCAGCACACGAGACUGUUGAAACAAGCCCUAUUGAAUCUGCGCGUGCAGUAUCGACUAUUGGAACAAAUAUUUCACAUAAUAUACUAUUAGGCCGUUGGAGAUUGUCACUUGAUUUAUUUGGACGUGUAUUUAUGGAAGAUGUUGGACUUGAAGCUGGUUCAGUUGUGUCUGAAUUGGGUGGAUUUCCAGUAAAAGAAGCCAAAUUUCGUCGUGACAUGGAAAAAUUAAGAAAUUCACAGCAAAAAGACAUAACUUUAUCUAAGGUUGAACGUGACAGAACGCAAUUGUUGGUUCAGACAAUGAAAGAAUUGAACUCGCAGUACAACUUGUACAAUAGAAGAGCAUCAAGUACUCCACCAUUGGCUGUCAAUCGUGUUAAAGUUACUUUUAAAGAUGAACCUGGAGAAGGUUCUGGUGUCGCAAGAAGUUUUUACACUGCUAUUGCUGAGGCACUUUUAGCUAAUGAUAAACUUCCUAAUUUGGAAGCUGCACAAGUUGGAAAUAAAUAUACACAGUAUAAUGUCUUACAAAAAUUAAAGAGUCGUGACAGAGAUCCACAUUUACGACGACAAAAUCCAAGAUCAUCUGGAAAAUACCGAGAAACACGCAGACAAUUAUCAUUUGAAGCCCGUUCUUUCCAUCCUACAUUCCCGACAGAGGGAGCGAGUGGCUCUGGUGGUGCGGGAGGAUCAUCAUCAAGCAGCAAUGCAAUACCUGUAGCUCAUGGUUACAACGAUCAUUUAACAACUCACCAACAAAAUCUUGGUGAUCGAUUAUAUCCAAAAGUUCAUGCAUUGAGACCAGCACUCGCUGAAAAAAUAACGGGGAUGUUACUUGAAUUAACUCCAGCUCAAUUGCUGAUGCUGCUGGCUUCUGAGGAAUCACUGCAGCAAAAAGUUGAAGAAGCUUGCGAGCUCAUACACAGCCACAAUCAAGAUUUAGCUAGUGAGGCACUCCUUGAUCUUGACGUAUUCAGUUUAACUGAACGAUGUGGUGCUAAUAAGAAAAAAAUGGAUAGCAGCAUUUUAGAUGAUACUGAGGACAAUGCUCCAUUAUUUUAUUCACCAGGUAAACGUGGAUUUUAUACACCACGACAAGGACGAGCUAGUUAUGAACGUCUUAAUGCAUUCAGAAAUGUCGGCAGACUUAUAGGUUUAUGUCUAUUACAAAAUGAAUUAUGUCCUAUAUUCUUAAAUCGUCAUGUUAUUAAAUAUAUACUAUCAAGACCAAUACGUUUCCACGAUUUGGCAUUCUUUGACAGUGUUAUUUAUGAAAGUUUACGACAAUUGGUGGUUGACGCAGAGACUAAAGACAGCAAUAGUUUAUUUUCUGCACUGGAUUUGACAUUCAGUAUUGACUUGUGUCCCGAAGAAGGUGGUGGCUCUAUCGAUCUUGUGGCCAGCGGGCGAGACGUCGAAGUAACGGCAACUAAUGUCUACGAUUACGUACGACGUUACGCAGAAGUUCGUAUGAUAAAAGUUCAGGAGAAAGCUUUGGAAGCAAUGCGUGAAGGUGUAUUUGAUGUAUUACCGGAAGGAGCAUUAGAUGGUUUAACAUCUGAAGAUUUGAGGCUUUUAUUGAAUGGCGUUGGUGAUAUUAAUGUAUCAGUUCUUAUUUCUUAUACGUCAUUUAAUGAUGAAUCUGGUGAAUCGAUGGAGAGACUCGUUAAAUUUAAACGAUGGCUAUGGUCUAUUGUCGAAAAAAUGUCACAUGUUGAACGACAGGAUUUGGUUUACUUCUGGACAGGAUCACCAGCAUUACCAGCAAGUGAAGAUGGUUUUCAACCAAUGCCUAGUGUAACAAUAAGACCCGCAGAUGAUGCUCAUUUACCAACAGCAAAUACAUGUAUUUCACGUUUAUACGUUCCACUGUACAGCUCACGUCAUGUGUUACGCCACAAGUUAUUACUUGCUAUAAAAACUAAAAAUUUUGGAUUCGUAUGAAGCGUCUUCGUGGUGGUCGCAAGUCCGACCAAAAAUAAUAAAAUACCCAUUAACUAUCCCGACAUCUCCAUUGUCAUCGUCAUCGUCAUCAUCAUCAUCAUCAUAAAUCUCAUCACCAUUUAUUACCACCAUCACCGCCACCAUCAUCUUCGUCGUAAUUAUUAUUAUUAUAAUUAUAAUUAUUAUUAUUAUCAUCAUCCUGUCAAGAUCACCCGCGUGGAUGACCCAUUAACGAUUAAUUCGUAAUGAUAUAAUAAGGAAUAAAAUAAAAAGUUA